GUGUAAUCUAACCGUAAAAUAGAUUUAUGCAAUAAAUCGUCUGACGAUCCUGAGUGCUGAGACGAAGUAAAAUGUUGUCUUUUCAUGUUGGCGUCUGUCUGUUUUCAAUGACAUUAUAUCAGAAUAUAAUAGCGGAAAACAAUAGAAAUACCAGACAUGGACUAACUAUGGUCAUCCACUAAACUGGUUUGGGUAGGAACCUAUAUGCAGCAAUGCUAAACAUAACGGCACCAGUUGUGGAGGAUGCCCAUUUUGCAAAUGAUUCUCUGAUUUCCACAUCUUGGCCUACCAUAGCCCUGGGAUGCUCCAGCUGGAAACCGCCACACCAUGUAUUAUUUCAGAUUGCCAAUGGAGUGCUGUUCGUUGGACUUCUGUGUCCGAAUGUUAAAUACGGCCUUCUUGCAUUGCACAGCCAGUUUGUGUUCGGUUUCAUGUUGCUGUCAGUCUGGUCGUGGGUGAUCCUAUGCGCUCCUGACUUCUUCUCGUGGAACUUUGCAUUUAUGCUAGUGAACGUUGUACAGACGUUCAUGUUGAUGUACCACCUGAAGCCCAUCAAGUUUGAGGAAGACAUGGAAGAGCUAUACACUGCGGUCUUUGAACCCAUGAAUGUCUCAAGGCGAUUGUUCAAAAGGCUUACGGACAAGAAUUUCUGCGUUGUAUCUCGGCUGUACGAUGGAGAUGCCUACGCCAUACAGGGGCUAACCAAGACUGACAGGCUAGGAAUUCUCCUAUCUGGAACAAUGAACGUGUACAGCCACCAGAAUCUUCUCCAUCUUGUACAGCCGUUUGAGUUCAUAGACUCACCAGAGUUUGAGAGCAGUGUCACCGGAGAUGAAAAGUUCCAGGUAUCAGUGUACGCUGUGUGCACAUGUCAGUUUGUGUACUGGUCCAGACAGUCCCUGGAGUACCUUCUGUUGAAGGAGCCCUACCUUGCCACCAUCCUGAACACCAUACUGGGUCGAGACAUCACCAACAAACUGUAUGCUCUAAGUGAGCGCGCCCAGGUCAGUGUGGAGACUGAGGCGGAUACAUCCCUGAGCACCCAUCAAGGCUCAAGUCCCAAAGUGCACUGUAGAAAUGGUGACCUGCGCCGUACACUGGCCCAGCUCUCAACCCAUAGCUCUGUGGUCGGCACUGAACGUCAGGCUCUAGGCAAGGAUCAUUGUCCGUUAGAGGAACAUGAAGAUGUAAAUGCUUCUGGCCUGGAAGAAAUAGAAACCCUUCUGAGUCUUAAGGACAAGCAGUACAACCAGUCUGUCAGCACUCCCGCCUGUGUCUCGAUUGGGUUCAACCAGUCCAGGGGGUCGAAUGUGAUGUCACAUGGUGAACGUGUGUGCUUUGACAUCGAAAAUGAUGACUGAAGUACAUUUUCAGUGUCUUAACUGUUGCAAAUGAACAAGUUUGGUUUAAAUUUUGAAAAUGUGGACUGAUGUUAACCAAUAAGACUGUGGAGAAAUAAUUUUUAAUAUAGCUGAAUGUAAAUGUAAUGUCAUGGCCUAGAUGGGUUAGCUUCCCUAUAGAAGAAAAUGAUAAAAUAGCUUUUUUGUAAUCCAAAGAAAUGCUGUCUGAAACAAACUUAAAAUGCUGCUUUCUGUGGCCCUUAUCUGUGUUGUUAGUUGUGUAUGGAUAGCGGUAAAGAUUUUGCAGAAUUUCAUUUGUGUUGUUUUAAUUUCCUGACUGUUUUCCCAGGCUAUAGUUGUCCAUGGUUGUCAAAGAGUCACAUUGUUCUGGAUUGUAUUGCCAAUUAACCCUCCUGGGAAAAUCCUGUAAUUUUGGUUGUCUUGGUGAAACAAAUUCAAACACAAUAUAUUUUAUUUUAUUAAAUGCAUACUCAAUAUUUUUUUAGUCUUUCUUAAGAGAAUUUUAUCCUUAGUAACAUUACUUCAGCUUUAUGAAAGGGGCAUUGAUCAGUUUAGCCGCUGCAUCCUUUAUCAAACAAGAUGUACAUGUACCGGUAUGUACCUUGUAUGUAUGCUUAAUGAAUGUAUUUGUAUCUGAAUACCUCAGCCAUAGUAUUCAUGCCAUAUUAUACAGAUGUGUGUUCAUUAGUAAUCAAAAUUGGUUGGUGCAAAUUAACUUACUGUAUUUUAAGAACUUGAAUUACGUGUUUCAGCUCUCACUCAAUGCCUUAUACAUGUAUCUAUAUCUAUCUUAUAUCUAUUAUAUUACAUAACACAUUUUUUCAUUGACAUGUCCAAAACAUGUUCAUCUGAACAUUAUAUGCUUUGAUUCUUAGUUUACAUCUUAAUUAAAAAAAAAUCAUGAAUUUUUCCAGUUGUUAAUGUUUUAUGUGAUUUUAUCAUUGUUUGUAUUUUAUAUUGUUGUAUUUCCUGGUUUCAAAAGAGUAUUGUGUGCUAAAAUUCUGUAUGCUGGGUAAAAAUUUAGUCAUUUUGAAUAAAAAAAAUAACAUAACCGUCUGACAGAGAAACAUUUUGUAAUGAAAUAAUGAACAAUUACAUUCAUUAGUUACCUACAGGUUGCAAACAAAUGUUGGUUACGCGGCUUAAUCGUUAAAGCAAUUGCAGUAAAAAAGAAAAAAUAUUUCUGAUUCUUUUUACCAAUUUUGUGUGCUAGUAUCUACAUGUACGGACGAUCUUUAGACGUUCAUUUCCUGUGAUAUCUGAGCCAGCCAAUCAUGUUCAUGGAGCGAAUUUAGAAACAUUCUAGUUAAAAAAGUAAGAUUAAAUUAGGUCGCUAAGUGGUACAAUGCGAUUAUAAUUAAGAGUAUGACAAAGUCUGUACAUUAGAAUUUGAUGAUGUUCUUUAUUACAGCAUAUUAUAGCUCACCUGAGCAUAUAGUGCGCAUGAGAGCUUUUAGGAUACCUUGAUGUCCGUCAUCCAUCUGUACCUGAAAUGCAUGCAUUAGUUUUUAGGCCCCCGCAUCGAAUGAUUGGGGGUAUGUUGUUUUUGGCCUGUUUGUCUGUCAUUCUAUAGAAAACUUUAACCUUGGUUUAACUUUUGCAAUAAUGAAUAACUUUUGCAAUAUUGAAGAUAGCAACUUGAUAUUUGGCAUGCAUGUGUAUCUCAUGGAGCUGCACAUUUUGAGUGGUGAAAAGUCAAGGUCAUCCUUCAAGGCCAAAGGUCAAAUAUUGGGAUUCAAAGCGGCGUCCAAACUUUAACCUUGGUCAUAACUACAUAUUGCAAUGUUGAAGAUUGCAACUUGAUAUUUGGUAUGCAUGUGUAUCUCAUGGAGCUGCACAUUUUGAGUGGUGAAAGGUCAAGGUCAUCCUUCAAGGUCAAAGGUCAAACAUAUGGCUUCUAAGCGGCGCAAUAGGGGGUAUUGUGUUUCUGACAAACACAUCUCUUGUUCUUCUCAUGUCUUCUGCUCCUGAACCCCUUGACAGAUAUUUUAAAUGUAACUACACAGGAAUGAUCCCUGGGUGACCCUCUUUAAAAUAUGUUAUAAUGGUUCUUUUCUGUUGCAUUAGUAGGUCACUAGAGCUAAAAUAGGUUUUUAAACGAAAUUGUCUUUGAAAAUCUUCCCUGUAAGUCAUUCUUAUAGGCUCAAAUGUAUCCCUACUGUUGGUAACUUGUUUCCAUUGUAUGUUUAUUCCAUUCUAUGUUUAUUCCAUUGUAUGUUUAUAGUAAAGAUUUUGGAAAUCUCUUACCUGUGGAAAUGCAAGUUUAGAGGUUUAAUAAUUGUUGUGUAGCAUCGUAUGGCAGUCUUUUCCCAUAUUUGUUAGGGAAAAUGUGUUAACUCUAUAUGUAUAAAUACUCAACACUAUUUAAAAUCUCCUCUGCUAAUUAUGCAAGGCCCAGAAGUCUGUUAUUUUACAUGUUACAUUGCAUAGUGAUUAUGCAAGGUCCAGAAGUCUGUUAUUUUACAUGUUACAUUGCAUAGUGGUAUAUUGUGACUGAAGCUUCUCAAAGCUGCCCAGAACAGUUCAGUUCCUUUUUUUCUCAGGUGAGCGACCAAAGGGAAUUGGCCCUCUUGUUUUUUAAUAUCACCUUUAUUAUAUAUUUGUGUAAUAUAUAAUCUUGUAAAAAUUACAAACUUAUAAAAACAUUUAAAAUAGUUUUUGGUCUUAUAAUGUUUGUAUUGAAUAUGUUCUAGCAUAAAGAAAUCGAGCAAAUGUUUGCCGUCAUUUAUUUAUACAUUUUUAGCUCGACUAUUAUAUAUGAAAUAUAUAUAGUGGAGCUAUCCUACUCACCCCGGCGUCGGCGUUAGCGUUCCCGUUCCCGUUAGCGUGCAAAUGUUAAAGUUUGCGUACCACCCCAAAUAUUUUCAUUGUCCCUUGAUAUAUUGCUUUAAUAUUUGCAUACUUCUUUACCAACAUGACCCCAACCUAUAAACAAGAGCAGACAACUGUAUCAAGCAUUUUGUAAGAAUUAUGGCCCUUUUUUCACUAACAAUAUGCAUAUUAUUGAUAAAUCUAUGUUAAAGUUUGCGUACCACCUCAAAUAUUUUCAUUGUCCCUUGACAUAUUGCUUUCAUAUUUUGCAAACUUCUUUACCAACAUGACCCCAAUCUAUAAACAAGAGCAGACAACUGUUUGUUUUUUGUCUUUACAAAUGUUCAAUAGAUUGUGGAAAAUAUACCUGAACUAUUACCUUGACCUUAUUUAAUAAUUUGAACAAUUUCCCCAUGAUGGCUUACGUUAUACUGUCAAGCACUCGAAUAGUCGAGCGCGCUGUCCUCUGACAGCUCUUGUUGUGCAAUAUUUUAAUGUGCAGUAUACCUUUUAGGUCUCUCUAACAUUAUGUGUUCAGUGUCUGGGACAGAUAUAGUUUCUCCAAUAAAUGUUGUAAAACCUUUGAUAAAUGUUUUGUUUUACAUUGUUGUUUCAUACGUUUUUAUAUUUCAUAUUUAAGAAUGAUGUUUUUUCCAAAUAUAUUGUUUUGGCUAGAAAUCUUUGUGUUUCAUAUAUUGUUAUUUCAGAUGUUGCUAUAUUUACUAGUUGUAAGAAAGGUGCAUUUUUCAAAUAUAUAUUUGUUAAACUCUACGUGUUUUUUUUCACAUUGUCAUUUCAGAUGUUGUUAUUUUUCAUUCAUGUAUGUCUGAAUGAUGUACAUUUGUAGUUCCAAAAUAUUAUUGUUAAGCUAUUAAUGUUUUGUUGCAUAUUGUUGUUUCAGAUGUUGAUAUGUUUUAUAUGUUAGAAUGAAGUAUUUUCCAAAUAUAUUUACCAGUAAAUAUAAAGCGGACAUUUUAUUGCAUAAGAAAUAUUUAGCACUUUUAAUAUUGUGCCAGAGCUUAUGUGUAUAAGAUAAUACGUUUGAGACUAAAAAUGUUUUUAAACAGGUUUUCAAACAGUUUUAACUGAAUGUUCACACAUAUAAUGUAUGCACUGGCAACACAAUUUCACCUGCCAUUACCAGUUCUAAUACAUUGGAAACUUAUUUUAUCUUAUAUAAUCCAAUUCAGUAAACAUAUACAUCACUGAUUGCUUUUGAUUGGAUAACUUAACUUGUUGAUGUCCAAAUUCUUUUAUAGUAAAUGUUUUUAUUGUUGUUCAAAGAUCUUUCAACACAGAUAGAUCAAUGCAUUGUCUUAUGUCCCAUCGAAUAUACUUAAAAGUUAUUUUAUUUAAUGGAAUCAAAUCUAGUAAAUAUAUACCGGUAUAUGGCUGGUUGCUUUUAGUGAUAGUACUUAAUUUGUGAUGUCCUCAUUGUUUUAUAGUAUUUUUUAUCGUUGUUUUCUGUCCCAUUUACAUGUUGUUAAUUCUACAAAUUGUCCGUAAAUGCAUAUGUUGUAUUUACUGUGGCCAUCAAUUGCAUUUGCGUCCAGUAAGAAUAAGCAUACUCUGUCACUUUCACAUGAUCCUCUAUUGAAUAUUGUUUGCCUUAAUUGCCAAAUUAGCUUGUUGUCGUUAUUGUUUAUGUAUUUGUAAAUAUAAUUGUUAAUAAAACGUGCUUAAAAUA